UCCUGCCCAGCCAGGCGGGUAAUUUGAACGUUUGUGGCUGCGGACCGUGUUCUCGGUUGGCACUAGCCCGAGUUGGCAGCGGCGGCGGCGCAGACCCAGCCCGACUGUAGACAUGUCGGAGCGGCGAACGCGGUCCGGAGGGGCCGCCCAGCGCUCUGGACUCAGGACUCCAUGUACUAAGUCUCAGAGGCGGUCCCAGCGGAAAUCAGGCUCAGAUCUCCCGAACAUCUUUCCUGAAAUCUGGCCGAAGACACCUCAUGUGGCUCCUGUCAGAAAGCCAAUCGUCUUGAAGAAGAUAGUGGCUCAUGCUGUAGAGAUCCCAUCUGUCCGCUCCCUUCGCAGGAGUCCCAGGAUUUCCUUUAUCUUGGAAAAAGAAAACAACCCUCCUCUGAAGGAGCCCACCAAGAAGGACCUCUUCAAGACUUGCAGUGUCCCCUGCACCCCCACCCCCACACCUGUGCCGUACAACCUGAACGUGGAAUCUAACUCUGGGGAAGAAGUGCUGGAUACUAGAGACUUGGAAAUGUCUAAGAAAGUCAGGCGAUCAUAUAGCCGGCUAGAGAUCCUUGGUUCUACCUCUACCCCUGGCCAUCGAUCCUUCUUUGGCUUUGAGGGGCUGGAAGACUUGCCUGGAGUCUCACCUGUGGUGUGUUCAAAGUUAACUGAGAUCCCCAAGGUUCCUGCAAAGCCCUGGGCUCCAGACACGACACUCCCUGGAAUCUCUCCCCCAGUUGUGAAAGAGAAACGAAAGAAGAAGAAAGUGCCUGAGAUCUUGAAAUCGGAGCUGGAUGAGUGGGCUGCAGCCAUGAAUGCUGAGUUUGAAGCUGCUGAGCAAUUUGAUCUUCUGAUUGAAUGAGAUGGAGUUGGGGCGCCACUGGCCAGCCCCCCCAUGUACUGCCCUUUGAGUGCACCAAGACACUUGGGGUCCUCUUUACUGUCCUUGUUACCCAGAGAGGUGUUGCUGGCCCCAUGUUAUAUAUAGAGUAGUCACUCUUGUCUUUGUAUCUCCCAGAGUGUUGGAGGUGAGAGGCUACUUCUGUUCUGAACCAGCCCUGGCAGA